AUGACGCGAAUUAGGACCGGUUUCUUGGAAAUGCUGAUAGAUCAACUGAAGUUUGCAGGCUUUGAUUUUGUAUUUGGCCUAAAAAGUGUUAGCCCGCCUCAAAUUAAAAGUGAUACUGGGCUUUUGGAUGGUGUGAAGCGACACAUUGUGUGUCUUGAAAACAAGAAAUGUACUUGUGGCCAGUUCCAACUUGAUGAACUUCCAUGUGCGCAUGCUUUAGCAGCUUUAAGGGACAGGAAUGAAGGAUAUGAAAACUAUUGCUCGCCGUAUUACACAAGGGAGAGCCUACUUCGUACAUAUGAAAUACCAGUAAAUCCCCUUCCUGAUGAAAGCAAAUGGAAUGUGCCACAACAUAUAUCUGAUGAAGUAGUAAAUCCACCUACGGGAGAGAAAAAGCAGCCAGGAAGACCUCAAAAGGAAAGAUACAAAACAUAUGAUGAACUAAAGUCAAAGAAGUACAAGGUGUCAUGUGGAAACUAUGGAGGUGAAGGGCAUAACAAAAGAUCUUGCAAGAAUGCACCCAACAAAAAUAUCAUGUAG